UAACAUGACGAGACACAAAACAAAUCACUCUCGGACACGAUUAUUCCCCUCCAAAAAUUUCUCCUUUUAUAUUUUUUCACCUCUGUUUCCUUCUCCUUCUUGAUCUUCCACCUUUCUCUCUAACCUCCAAACUUUUCUCUCUUUUCUCUUCUUCAUUUCAAAACCCCUCAACCCCAUUUCCACAUUCCACUCUUACCCCAAAAACUGUCCACACCAAAACAAAAAUUAAACCAAUUUUCUUUGUUCUUCGGUAACAAGAGAAUCUAAUCAUGGCUCUGUCACGCAUAGCAUCAUCAUCUCAUGCAUCCACCCUCCUUAAACCCCUCUCCGCCGCCUUAUCCAUCCGCCGCCUUAUCUCCUCCGACUCCACCGUUCCCCUCACCAUCGAAACCUCUCUUCCAUUCAUCUCCCAUAAAUGCGACGCGCCCCCACGCGCCGUCGACACCUCCGCCUCGGAGCUCUUCUCCUUCUUCCGGGACAUGGCCACCAUGCGCCGCAUGGAGAUCGCCGCCGACUCACUCUACAAGGCCAAGCUCAUCCGCGGCUUCUGCCACCUUUACGACGGUCAGGAGGCUGUGGCCAUCGGCAUGGAGGCCGCCAUCACCAAGAAAGACGCCAUCAUCACCGCCUACCGCGACCACUGCACCUUUAUUGGCCGCGGAGGCACGCUCCUCGAGGUCUUCGGCGAGCUCAUGGGCCGCAUCUGCGGCGGCUCCAAGGGCAAGGGCGGCUCCAUGCACUUCUACCGCAAGCAGACCAAUUUUUUCGGUGGCCAUGGCAUCGUCGGAGCUCAGAUUCCGCUUGGAUGUGGGUUGGCGUUUGCUCAGAGGUACUCCAAGGAAGAGAAUGUGACAUUUACCUUGUAUGGUGAUGGUGCUGCCAACCAGGGCCAAUUGUUUGAGGCGCUUAAUAUGGCAGCGCUUUGGGACCUACCUGCGAUCUUGGUCUGCGAGAAUAACCAUUAUGGGAUGGGAACAGCAGAGUGGAGGGCUGCUAAAAACCCUGCUUAUUACAAGCGUGGAGAUUAUGUUCCUGGGUUGAAGGUUGAUGGCAUGGAUGUUCUUGCUGUGAAACAAGCUUGCAAGUUUGCAAAGGAGAAUGCUUUGAAAAAUGGGCCCCUUAUUCUUGAAAUGGACACCUAUAGAUACCACGGGCACUCUAUGUCUGAUCCUGGUAGCACAUACCGUACACGUGAUGAGAUUUCCGGUGUGAGGCAGGAGCGUGAUCCAAUUGAGAGAGUAAGGAAGCUAUUAUUGGCUCAUGACAUUGCUUCUGAGAAGGAGCUAAAGGACAUCGAGAAACAAGUCAGAAAAGAUGUCGAUGAUGCCAUCGCUAAAGCAAAGGUAAAGAACAAAAAAUAUAUAGUUCAAUCAGCCAUACCUUGUGAUCGCCGUACAUGGUUAACAAUCUUAUUUUUCACUUUCAUUUUCUUUAGUAUAAGAAAAUGA